AUGUUAGGGUACACCCCUUACCACAUGUUCGAAGUGAUCACCAACGGCGUUCCCCAUCUCCAACUCUUCGAGGAGGCUAUACGUUGCAAGUAUUCAGGCACAGAAAAGCCAUAUGGCAAAGCCGAAUUCGAUAAAUGGCUCGCCAACUACGAUGCCGUCGUCGAGAUUCCCCAGUUUUUCAUCGAAGAAUUCAUCGAAUUUUAUCCCAACGCGAAGUUUAUACUCGUCGAACGCGACGUCGACGCUUGGGAACGUUCGUUGAACAAUACCGUCAAGGCCGUUAUGCAGGCUUGCAGAUCGUUCCCCAUGAAUCUCAGUCAAUACGUUGAUCAUUUCAUCAGCGGUUUUGUCGCUCUCCACAUCACAUUUGAAGACGUCAUGUUCCACAAUAAAGGCAUGGAAGGGGGCAUGGAAGAAGCAAAGAGGGAUAGCAUAGCAGAUGGGGAAAAGGCAAAAAGACUGGCUCCAAAGGGCCAGCUUUUGGCCUGCACUCUGGAAGGUGGCUUUGGUUGGGAAGAAAUUUGUCCCUUUCUUGAGAAAGAUAUUCCUGAGACGCCGUACCCUAGAGGUAACGCUCCUGCGGAGUUUGAAGCUUUUUGGGACGGCGUUGGUGCCGAUAAUUAG